AGGGAAGUGUGUGCCUCGCAAGCCUCGUCGUCUCUCUCCGGCUCGCCGACUUCGCUCGCCUUCCUGCCGUCGCCUCCGGUGCCCUCUGCUGCUGCUGCCGGCGCGUGCGCCACCGCAGCGGCGCCAUCGCCGUCGCCGUCGCCGCUGACCUAACGUAGCUGAAAAAUGAAGAGACAACUUCCCAUAAAAGGUGCAUCGGGGGCCUCGGGAUCUGGGCAUGGAAAGAAAGCUCCUCAGGAGCUGGAGAACGUCUUGAAGCAACAUUUCGGAUAUUCAGGCUUUCGAGGAAAGCAACUAGAGGCUAUAGAAGCUGUUCUUUCAGGAAGGGAUUGCUUUUGUUUGAUGCCAACUGGAGGUGGAAAAUCAAUGUGCUAUCAGAUUCCUGCUCUAGUGAAGUCAGGCAUUGUUCUUGUUAUCUCACCCUUGAUAGCACUAAUGGAGAAUCAGGUUGCCAGCUUGAAAAGCAAAGGUAUUCCAGCUGAGUUUCUCUCGUCAACACAAACAUCGCACAAUAAACAAAAGAUACAUGAAGACCUUGAUUCUGGUAAUCCUUCUCUAAAAUUGCUAUAUGUUACUCCUGAGUUGGUUGCAACAUCUGGGUUCAAGGCAAAGCUAACAAAGCUCUACAAUAGAGGUCUCCUUGGUCUUGUUGCUAUUGAUGAGGCUCAUUGCAUUUCAACUUGGGGCCAUGAUUUCAGACCUAGUUACCGCAAGCUUUCAUCACUGAGGAACCAGUUCCCAGACAUACCUAUAUUAGCUUUAACUGCAACCGCAGUUCCAAAAGUCCAGAAAGAUGUGAUAUCGUCACUGUGCUUGAGAAAUCCAUUAAUUCUUAGGGCAUCAUUUAAUCGGCCUAAUAUAUUCUAUGAAGUUCGCUACAAGGAUCUCCUUGAUGACGUUUAUUCUGACAUAUCAAAUUUACUGAAGUCCAGUGGAAAUGUUUGCUCAAUUGUGUACUGUCUUGAACGUGCGGUUUGUGAUGAUCUAACUAUGCAUUUGUCACAGCAGGGUAUCUCCUCUGCUGCUUAUCAUGCUGGCCUAAAUAGCAAGGUGCGGAGUUCUGUUCUUGAUGAUUGGCUUUCCUCGAGAACUCAAGUUGUUGUUGCCACUGUUGCAUUUGGAAUGGGUAUUGAUAGACAAGAUGUCCGUAUUGUGUGUCACUAUAACUUGCCUAAGUCCAUGGAAGCCUUCUACCAGGAGUCAGGACGAGCUGGCCGUGACCAACAGCCUUCCAAAAGUGUUCUAUAUUAUGGAUUAGAUGACCGAAAGAAAAUGGAAUUUAUUUUGAGAAACACCAAGAACAAAAAGUCAGAGUUAUCGUCCUCUUCAACUGAACUUUCAGAGAAGGCCUUAGCCGACUUUAGUCAGAUAAUUGAUUACUGCGAAAAUUCUACCUGCCGACGAAAAAUGAUCAUUGAGAGCUUUGGGGAGAAGGUACAACCAACUUUAUGCCAACGCUCAUGUGAUGCUUGCAAACACCCAAAUCUAGUGUCCUCACGUUUGGAGGAACUUCGUCGUGUGCCCACCUGUCGCUAUAACAAGAUAUCCCCAGUCUUCAAAAGCUCGUUGGCUAAUCCAAAACACAUGGAGACAGAAUUUUGGAAUCGUGAAGAUGAUGCAAGCAUAUCAGUUGAAGAUAUAUCUGAUUCCGAUGAUGGGAAGGAGGUGGUGAGCAAUACUGCCAUUUCAAAGCUCCCAUCAAAAGCAGGGCUAGAUGCAAAAUUUGAAGCAUUGGAGCGUGCUGAAAAUGCUUAUUAUCAAGCUAAAGGUCAGACCAAGCAGCAGGGUGGGAAGCUUGUUGACAAGAAGAGCAUAUCUCAGACACUAAGAGAUGCAAGCCAAAAGCGAUUGUUGAAUGGCCUUGGACAAGCAAAGUUGCGACUUGGGAAUCUACCGUUUGAUGAAGAGCCUUCUGCAGCACACCUUGAGGUAGAGUGCUUCAAGAAGUACGAGAAAGUGGGCAAGACGUUCUACAACUCGCAGAUAGCCGCCACAGUUCGGUGGCUUUCGUCUUCGAGCCUCGACCAGAUACAGGACCGCCUCCACGCCCUUGCUGACCAAAUCACAGAUCAUGGUGCUGCGGCAAGCUCCCCUUCCAUCGUCCCAGAGUCUCCUCCAGCAUCUCCUGAUGUAAUCUGUAAAAUCCCUGGAGAAGCUACUAGCAACGAAGCUAAGGACAUACCUCUGAAGAACAACACGGAGGAGUUUGUAACGACGGAGCAUUCUGACGAGAUUGCAAAGGUGGCGGUUUUAUCUGAAAAUAUGGAGCUCCCCAAGAUACCAUCAUUCAGAGAAUUCAUGAGCCAAAAAGGAAGGGAUCGUGCAACGAGUUCUUCCAAAGUAGAGAGCCUGCCUUCCGGUGUUCGUAGAAAGGUUGGCAUUGAGAAGCAAGGGACGACGGGACCAUCCAAGAAGAUGAAAUCAUGAGUGAUGACAUCACUGUUGUACGUACUGCAUACAACAUCCUACCGGAUGAAUUUUUCAGUAGAAAUACUCCCAAUGGUUCAUAUUAUAAGACUUUCUAGCAUUGUUCAUAUUUUUUUUUAUA